AUGGCGUCUGGUAGCGGCAGUCUAGCAAAGGAUGACUCCAAGUGGUACUUCACCUCAGAGCAGCUGGCCAAUUCGCCUAGCCGCAGGUGCGGCAUAGACGCCGAUCAGGAGCUUAUGUACAGACAACGGGCGGCAAAUUUCAUUCAAGACAUGGGCCAGCGAUUGCAAGUAACACAACUAUGUAUUAAUACUGCAAUUGUGUACAUGAACCGAUUCUAUGCGCUUCAUUCCUUCACGCGCUUUAAUCGUAACAGAAUAGCGGCGGCUGCGCUUUUCCUUGCAGCUAAGGUGGAAGAGCAACCCCGGAAACUCGAGCAUAUUAUCAAAGUAGCUCCUGAUCUUCUAAAGGGAAGCUAUGCGGAACAGGCACAGGACCUGGUAGACAAUGAGAAUAUUCUACUGCGAACGCUCGGGUUUGACAUGGCCAUCGAUCAUCCACAUAUGCACAUCAUCAAAACAUGCCAUAUGGUUAAAGCUUCCAAGGACUUAGCACGGACGUCAUACUUUAUGGCUUCUAAUAGUUUACACCUGACGACCAUGUGUCUGCAAUACAAACCGACUGUUGUGGCCUGCUUUUGUAUACACUUAGCGUGUAAAUGGUCCCGAUGGGAGAUCCCUCAAUCGACCGAAGGCCAUCAUUGGUUUUAUUACGUAGACAAGUCUGUCACGCCGGAUCUCCUGAAACAGCUUACAGAUGAGUUUGUUCACAUCUUUGAUCGCUGCCCAACACGGUUGAAGCAAAAUGCAAAAUCAAUACACGCUGACCAAGCACAAUUGGACGUUUCGAACCGAAGAAGUGCGAGCAGUUCCUCCGGCAUGCCAGAGCCCUCGUCUAUUUCACGAGGCCAUCAUCAUCGGUCAUUGUCACAAUCACAACAUAAACAAAACUCUGCUAAUGGUGACCCGAUGCUGAAAACAUCACAAUCAUCAUCAUCGUCCAAUUCAAAGUUAUCUUCAUCUUCCUCCAGUAGUUCCCGCUCCCGCGAUCGUCCUUCCUUUUCAUCAUCACAACAGCAGCAGCAACAGCAUAAUCAAUCGCAAACGCUUACAAGCAGCAGUGGUCAGUAUGGCUCAAGUGAUGUAAUUGGAAAAAUGCAACAGCCGGUACAGCACCACAGCGGCAGUCGAUCCGGUGGACCAUCCCAAUCGUCGUCUUCAACGUCGGCGCGAAGCAGUUACACGCAUCAGGGUAUUAUAGAUCCUAAAAAUCGCAUGAUAGCCAACAACAAAACAACCAAUCUCCAACAGCAAUACAAAAACCAGUUGCAACAAUUAUCAAGCAGUUCAGAGUCGUCCUUCUACCUUGUUGACGACAGUGACCGAUUAAAAGAUUCCAUGCAAAUUUGCACACCUCCCAAACAGUCGAAGCCAUCGUCGAUUUUCAGCCCGGACUGGACUCAGGUAGAGAAUAAUAGUUCUAGUGUGGCAAACACAGUCAAAGCUCGCCCACAAGCUCAUCCUCCGAGUCUGGUGAAAGAUAUUAAUGUAAGACCCAGCAGCAGGGAAAAGAAACCUGUGUUACCAUUGUUUUCGGACCAACAUAAGCAGGGUUCCGAAACUCCUAAGAAAGAACGACGCUCCGAUGUUGCAACGGCUUCCAGUGGUAACCAACAACCGAAAUCGGCCGAGAAGAAGACAGCUACCUCUGCAUCAAACUUAAAACGACCUAUUGAACCUAUUGAAAAACUUCCUACUGCUGGCCAAGCACCAACGAAUCGAUCACUUCCAAAUAGUAAACAAAUUCGCAACGACAACGGUACUGAUCCUCGGGAAUCCAAAGUACGAAAAGUGGCAGUACCAUCACCUUCGGAUCAGCUAUUUGCUUCGACAUUCGAUUUAGCCAAUGCCGGACGUUUGGACGUUUCGAACCGAAGACGUGCGAGCAGUUCCUCCGGCAUGCCAGAGUCCUCGUCUAUUUCACGAGGCAUCGACGACGCUGGCUCGACGUCUUCUAGGCAUCAUCGGUCAUCAUCACAAUCACAACAUAAACAAAACUCUGCUAGUGGUGACCCGAUGCUGAAAACAUCACUAUCAUCAUCAUCGUCCAAUUCAAUGUUGUCUUCAUCUUCCUCCAGUAGCUUCCGCUCCCGCGAUCGGCCUUCCUCUUCAUCAUCACAACAGCAGCAGCAACAGCAUAAUCAAUCGCAAACGCUUACAAGCAGCAGUGGUCAGUAUGGCUCAAGUGCUGUAAUUGGAAAAAUACAACAGCCGGUACAGCACCACAGCGGCAGUCGAUCCGGUGGACCAUCCCAAUCGUCGUCUUCAACGUCGGCGCGAAGCAGUUACAAGCAUGAGGGUAUUCUAGAUCCUAAAAAUCGCAUGAUAGCCAACAACAAAACAACCAAUCUCCAACAUCAAUACAAAAACCAGUUGCAACAAUUAUCAAGCAGUUCAGAGUCGUCCUUCUACCUUGUUGACGACAGUGACCGAUUAACAGAUUCCAUGCAAAUUUGCACACCUCCCAAACAGUCGAAGCCAUCGUCGAUUUUCAGCCCGGACUGGACUCAGGUAGAGAAUAAUAGUUCUAGUGUGGCAAACACAGUCAAAGCUCGCCCACAAGCUCAUCCUCCGAGUCUGGUGAAAGAUAUUAAUGUAAGACCCAGCAGCAGGGAAAAGAAACCUGUGUUACCAUUGUUUUCGGACCAACAUAAGCAGGGUUCCGAAACUCCUAAGAAAGAACGACGCUCCGAUGCUGCAAUGGCUUCCAGUGGUAACCAACAACCGAAAUCGGCUGAGAAGAAGACAGCUACCUCUGCAUCAAGCUUAAAACGACCUAUUGAACCUAUUAAAAAACUUCCUACUGCUUGCCAAGCACCAACGAAUCGAUCACUUCCAAAUAGUAAACAAAUUCGCAACGACAACGGUACUGAUCCUCGGAAAUCCAAAGUACGAAAAGUGGCAGUACCAUCACCUUCGGAUCAGCUAUUUGCUUCGACAUUCGAUUUAGCCAAUGCCGGACGUUUGGACGUUUCGAACCGAAGACGUGCGAGCAGUUCCUCCGGCAUGCCAGAGUCCUCGUCUAUUUCACGAGGCAUCGACGACGCUGGCUCGACGUCUUCUAGGCAUCAUCGGUCAUCAUCACAAUCACAACAUAAACAAAACUCUGCUAGUGGUGACCCGAUGCUGAAAACAUCACUAUCAUCAUCAUCGUCCAAUUCGAAGUUGUCUUCAUCUUCCUCCAGUAGUUCCCGCUCCCGCGAUCGGCCUUCCUCUUCAUCAUCACAACAGCAGCAGCAACAGCAUAAUCAAUCGCAAACGCUUACAAGCAGCAGUGGUCAGUAUGGCUCAAGUGCUGUAAUUGGAAAAAUGCAACAGCCGGUACAGCACCACAGCAGCAGUCGAUCCGGUGGACCAUCCCAAUCGUCGUCUUCAACGUUGGCGCGAACCAAACAUAGCACGAUAGCCAAAAACACAACAACCAAUCUACAACAGCAAUUCAAAAACCAGUUGCAACAAUUAUCAAGCAGUUCAGAGUCGUCCUUCUACCUUAUUGACGACAUUAACCAAUUAACAGAUUCCAUGCAAAUUUGCACACCUCCUAAACAGUCGAAGCCAUCAUCGAUUUUCAGCCCAGACUGGACUCAGGUAGAGAAUAAUAGUUCUAGUGUGGCAAACACAGUCAAAGCUCGCCCACAAGCUCAUCCUCCGAGUCUGGUGAAAGAUAUUAAUGUAAGACCCAGCAGCAGGGAAAAGAAACCUGUGUUACCAUUGUUUUCGGACCAACAUAAGCAGGGUUCCGAAACUCCUAAGAAAGAACGACGCUCCGAUGCUGCAAUGGCUUCCAGUGGUAACCAACAACCGAAAUCGGCUGAGAGGAAGACAGCUACCUCUUCAUCAAGCUUAAAACGACCUAUUGAAUCUACACAAUCUGUGAAUAAUAUAUUCACAGGCAAUACUACUCAUACAAGCGAUCUGCUCGGUAUUAAAAAACUUCCUACUGCUGGCCAAGCACCAACUAAACGAUCACUUCCAAAUAGUAAACAAAUUCGCAACGACAACGGUACUGAUCCUCGGAAAUCCAAAGUACGAAAAGUGGCAGUACCAUCACCUUCGGAUCAGCUAUUUGCUUCGACAUUCGAUUUAGCCAAUGCCGUUGACAAACAAGAUGAUGGAUUUUCGUUGUUUUCAUUUAACGACCCGGGAUCACUGCUGUCGCAGCCUUUAUUGAGUAACACAGUUACGAGUAGCAAGAGCAGCUUCGGUAGCACGGUAAGCAGCAUAGAGACCAAUCCUGCACUGGUCAGUAGUUUACUGAAGGAAAGUCUUUGCAGUAGCGAAAGGAAAUUUAGCACCCUCACUAGUAGCAACACUAGCAGUACCAUGGCAGCAAAUGCUUCUAUUGUUUCAUCAGCGCCUGGAACAUCAUCAUCUCUGCAAUCGAUUCCAUCAUCUGGUACUGCACCCUCAACUUCAAAUAUGAGUACGUCUUUGGUUGUUAACCAAAUGCGCAAAGUACCUCACACGAUUAAGAGUGAGCCCGCGUCUAUUGAUGUAAAUGCUCCGACGACAAUCAGCGGCACAUCUUUCGACCCUGUUUCGUUACUACCUUCAACGUCAACGGAGUCAUCUGGCGUCUCCGUUGGUGCAAUUACUAGCAAUAUCCAAACCCUAACAGGUGAUAUUCUCACAGCUCCUUCCAAAGACGACGAACAUCAUCGUUCUAAGUCAGAGAAGAAGAAGAAGAAGAAGAAAGAUAAGCACAUCGACAAGGAGAAAGAUAAAUCCAAAGACAGGGAGGAGCGCAAAAAACACAAGAAAGGCAAAGAUCGUCAUCGGGAUCGUGAGCGUGAAAAAUCUAAUACAACUGCUGAAAAACCUUUAACAGCACCGAUUUUGGUCAAACUGCCUAAGGACAAACUUAAUCUUCUUUUCCUUUCGGAUAAGCCUGAAGUACCAGCAAAACGCGCUUCUACAUUUGCUGCUUCUGGUAGCGGCACGCCAGCGUCAUCCGAUUCAGGACUGAAUAUAAAAAUUCCAAAAGGCAGGUUAUCCUGGUAA